GUAGGGCUGGAUGGCAUCCCUUCAGCCUCGCCCAAUUGCAUCAUUUUAAACGAAAUCAGAGGCUUAGACACGCAAAAAAAUCAUUCACUCGACGGGAGAACCUGCUCGCAUCAAUCAAAUUGCGAUAUUUUUUUUUACAGUUGCAUCGGAAACAAGGAGACUCCAACGAGCAUGAAAGCAAUGGCCGAAACGACGACGACGACAGAGGAUGUUUAUGAUGAUGCUUAUGAGGAGAAACAGGGCCCGAAAUCUCCAGCACAAAUCGUAUGGAGAAACGUUUUAUUAAUGACUCUAUUGCACAUAGGAGCUCUUUAUGGAUUGACGCUUCUUCCAUCUGUCUCUUUCUUAACACUCAUAUGGACGGGAGUGUGUUUCAUGGUAAGUGCUCUUGGAAUAACCGCCGGCGCCCAUCGCCUUUGGAGCCACAGGUCCUACAAAGCCUCAUUGCCAUUACGAAUCUUCCUAGCGGUUGCAAACUCUAUGGCUUUUCAGAAUGAUGUCUAUGAGUGGGCCAGAGAUCAUCGUGCCCACCACAAGUUUUCUGAGACUGAUGCGGACCCACACAAUGCCCGCAGAGGAUUCUUCUUUUCUCACAUCGGUUGGUUGUUGGUCCGCAAACACCCAAAAGUUAUUGAGAAAGGACGUAAGCUGGAGCUCACUGACCUUAAAGCAGAUUGGGUUGUAAUGUUUCAGAGAAGGCACUACAAGUUAUCUGUGAUGGUGAUGUGCUUUCUCUUCCCCAUGCUUGUACCGUGGUACUUUUGGGAAGAGAGUCUUUUGACCAGUUACUUUGUCCCUUGUCUGUUGAGAUACACUGUGGUCCUUAAUGCGACCUGGCUGGUCAACAGUGCAGCUCACAUGUGGGGAAUGAGGCCCUAUGACAACAGCAUCAAUCCCAGAGAGAACAAGUUUGUUGCCUUCAGUGCCAUUGGUGAAGGAUUUCACAACUAUCAUCACACAUUCCCCCAUGAUUAUGCUACAAGUGAGUUUGGCAGUCGGCUGAACCUGACCAAAGCGUUUAUCGAUCUUAUGUGCUUCUUUGGGCUGGCCAAGGAUUGCAAGAGGGUAACUCAUGAGACCAUCAUAGCCCGCGUUCAACGCACCGGUGAUGGCAGCCACAAAAGUGGUUGAUUUGAUCAUUGCAUAUCAAAAACAAACAAACAAAACAAACAAAAAAAAAGGUUAUAAGCCAACAUAUACAAAAGCAUUUCUUAGUGUGCAGUGAAGAUUGAUCUGUAUACACUCUCAUAUGAAAUAAGAAGCUCUAGAGUGUGUUGGACUAAUAUGUGUUCUUAAGAAUUCUUUCCUUUUCAUGACUGUGGGGGAUAAUUAUUGGAGAUGGUAAAGGCCAUAGAUUGGGAGGAUCAUAAUUAUGUCUCAGUCUGCCUCAAGAGGCAAGAGAUGGUACUUCACUAGUUAAACAGCCAUGUGCCUCAUUACAGCCCCUCUCAUGAAUAGGUUUCUCUGGCUUAGCAGUUAUGGUUCUGAUAAAAAAAAAAAAAAAUCAUUCCAGAGAGCUAUGCAAGCUGUAAAAUUAAGUUAAGCUAUUAAUAUAUUGGCACUACAUUUUCUUAGGUGAUACACCUAACAGUGUGCACAACUUAUCAUCAGUGAUAAGUUCUGUUUCGAAUAGUUUUGUUAGUACUGACAGUAUGCCUAUACAUGUAAAUACAUCU